UCCUUCCUCUUUUAUAUAUAAUAAUCAAGUACUUUUCCAUAGAGGGGUUAGAUUUCUGGCUUUAAAGUAAUUGACCGAUAUUAUGAACGGCCGCCCAUCUUCGGGAAAAAAAAAAUGUCUUCACCAGACUUGACCUAUUGGCCUCUUCCCAACCCUACCUCAAUCCGCAUCCUUGUUCUUGCACCCGGUAAACCAGGUGACAGCGAUCUCUCCUUCAGUUUUUUAAUCUCAGAUCUGGACUUCGAUCACAAGGCGUUUCCAGGUUCUACUCCAACCCUAGUUGAAAAUACGUUCGUAAAUGGCGAGAAUGGUUCGGGGUUUCCGAAAAACAUUGACAUGGGCGCCGACUCUACGCCUCAGCAGCCCCGAUGCCAUCCUUUCCAGCCAUACGAAGCGCUCUCCUAUGUUUGGGGUGACCUUCAUGAUCAAAUCUGGGUCGGUGGCGAUAAUGCAAUCCCUAUAACUAAAAACCUCUAUUCGCUGCUGCGCUCGCUCCGGUUACCGCACAAAGGGCGCAGCUUAUGGGUUGACGCCCUUUGCAUCAACCAGAGUGACCACGAAGAGAAGAAAGUGCAGUUAGCUCUCAUGAAGCGAGUCUAUCAGCAAGCGGAAAAGGUCAUCGCCUACUUACCUUUGUCGGUCCAGGAUCAGAAAAGUUUGAACCUGCUAGUCCCUCAGAUCUUGCGAGCGGCAACCCUUUAUAGGGAGCAUCAAGCUUCGAAACAAAGUGCGGGAUCCGACCAAGCGCGAGAUGGCGGACCGUUAAACUCGACAUCUCAUUUAGAGACAAAGACGAUCAUUAGGAACGCGAAUGAACCUAUGAGCGCAACCAUGCUGAGGGCUUUUGGUGGAAGUCAGCCGUUUCUCGAAAGUUUUGGACUACCACGAGAGGACAGUCCUCUUUGGGAUUCUUGGCGACAUGUAUUCGCAUUGCCGUACUUCAGGCGCAUGUGGAUCUGGCAAGAACUGUUACUGGGCAACAAUCUCCAUUUCUGGUUUGGCAAUGCAGAGGCGGCUGCGGAGCCGCUCAUGAUAGCACACCAUUUCCUAGAUGAGUACAGUGCCACCAUGAACAUGAGUUAUAAUGCCGCGUGGUGUGCCUCGGAAGAGGAUAACCAGGACGCUCUUCAGAGCAGACUAGUAGGGUCUGCAAACGCAACCAAGAUGUUCCGCGAUAGAAUACUGAGAAGAUAUGGUGGUGAUGGCGUGUCCCAGCCUAGACUGAUUGAGAAGCUGGCGUCAGUCGGGACUUUCGAAGCUGCGGAUCCCCGAGACAAGAUUUAUGCACUGCUUGGCUUGACAUCCGACGGCGCGUCGUUCACUCAGCAUGUCAGUUAUGCACCCUGGGACUCAAAGGAGCAGAUUUUGAUCAGGUUCGCCAAGUUAUUCAUUGAGAGAAAUGAAGGUGUUGAAGUGCUUUUGCAAGCUGGCUUUCGCGACCACGAGCCCGAAUGGGCUUCCUGGGUUCCUCAUUGGGACAACCUCGAACGACCUGUUGCCCUAGACGCAGCUCGGGGGCGGGGCAGAACUUUCACGCUUAUUCAGGUGGAUGAAAAGAGCACAGCUCUCAAUAUUUCUGGAAUUAUUCUGGAUGAAAUCAGCGUGGUCAACAGCAGCGUCCUCGAAACACUUGAAGUGACUGAAAAUGGUGUCGACAUGCAACGUUUUAACAAGGUUUUUGUCAGAGGACUGUCGAUGGUGUUUAAUAGUCUUACACCCAGAGACCCCGAAGAAGUUUUCGAGCAGCUUUUUCACGUCCUCGCGCAGCCAAAAACAAAGCAGGAGAGACCAGGGAAACAAGACGAGGGGUCUGAGACUUCCACGGCCCCCAGCCAACAGGAGACGCUAUCAUCUGAUGAUAAGGCAAAUGAAGCGGUUGGGCGAGAAACCGAGGCCUUACGUAUUGGUUUCCGCGAAUACCUCCGCUACGUGCAAACCUUGCCGUCUCAGAUCAAGGCGGUGUCAAACUCCAAGGAAGAUGUAACACAAUUAAUGAACACGAAAUCACCCGCCGAGUUUCACAAGUUCCAUAAGGAAGCCGUUAAGAAUCUUCAUCAUCGUCGUUUGUGUAUUACAAAGGGCGAGUUAAUAAUCAUGUCACCGAAGCGAGCUGAAGUUGAAGACAAGGUAGUGUUGUUUGAAGGAUGUGAUAUCCCUUUCGUACUACGUCCUGUUAGAGAUACGUCAGGGGAGAUGAUUGGUGUAGAGGAGGCGAAAGAUGGAAAAAUAACAUGCAGGUUGAUAGGACCUGCCUUUUUACAUUUCCCUGCAAGGAAGGGGUCUCCGUCCGGAGAAUCCCGCCUGAAUAUAAGGUUAGUAUAACUAUGAGUAUGAGGUAAGUUCAAUAGGUGUUUCUUAGAGCCAAAAUUGGUUACUAUCUUCAGUCAUGAAUAUUUAUAUACAUAGUAGUUUCAGAAUU